AUGUCAUUAAAAGUCGGUCUUAUAAUAACUCUACUGGUAUCUAGUCUUGUUCCGGAAACGCAGGGAAAAACUUGUAGAGGAAUUUUUUACAUUUGUAGAAGUUUGUUGCAGACAGUUCAAGAGUACAAAGUAGCAUUAAAUAAUCAAAUGCAAAGCUUAAACGGAGCAGUAGAAAACAAGAAGGAACUUAAGAGUGUUAUAAGCCACGGAUCUCCAAGCGUCGUGAUUAAUUUAGGU